AUACCUACCUACUUACCCCCCGUACGUCUCUCCGUACGAACGGCCCGAUCCGAUUGUACGAUUCGCAACGUAAACAGCACUAAACCUGUAGUUGAAAAGAGAAAAAGAAAAAUCGCUUCAUCUCCUUUCGGGUUCCUGUGUCUAGCGUCGCAUCCCGGAAACCUCGGAUUGCACUCAACUCGCAACCUCAAACUCCCCCCGCGUCUGUAAUAUCUGCUUCGUCGCCACGCGUGGUCGGAGUUAUUAAAGCAAAGCCACUACAUCUUCUCCAUCGUCGAACCCCCCCCUUGGGUCGCCAGCUGAGAGUAGCAAACAACGCUUCAACCACCACUCGACCCCCUCGACCAUUACCUCGACACGCGCAAACAAACAACCCUUGGCGGCGGAAUCGUCGGUGACACAAGACGCACGCAGCCAUGGCCGCAGAAAAGCGAGGCUUCCCGACGGUGGAAGAGACCAUGAAGCACCCUUCCUAUCCCUCCGUGAUAUGGAACCUCGAGCCCGACCGCAAGGGAAAGCUCCCCGUCGCCCACGGUCGCGGCGGGCCCUUCAACAUUGCCUGGGAGAUUCAUGGCCACGGCCCGGUAAAAAUCAUUUUCGUCAUGGGUCUCGCCGGCCUCAAGACCUCGUGGCAGCGCCAGACAAAGUACUUUGGCCACGACCACGCCUCCCGCUACUCCGUCCUCAUCUACGACAACCGCGGCAUCGGCGAGUCCGACGUGCCCUACUGCCGGUAUACCACGUCCGCCAUGGCCCGCGACGCGCUCGAGGUCCUCGCCCACGUCGGCUGGGACGCGGCCCCGCGCGGCGUCCACCUCGUCGGCAUCUCCAUGGGCGGCAUGAUCUCCCAGGAGAUCGCCUUCGCCGCGCCGGCCCUCUUCGCCUCCAUCACCCUGCUCUGCACGGCGCCCUGGGUCGAGAACACCAAGCCGCUGCUCGAGAACCUGCGCGACCGCGCCUCCAUGCUCAUCCCCAAGGGCGUCGAGCGCAGCAUCGCCUACACCGCCCUCAGGCUCUUCCCCGCCGACUGGCUCGCCAUGCCCGACGAGGCCGCCGAGCUGCCCGGCGACGCCACCCCGCGCUGCGGCCCCGCCGACGGCGGCCGCGGCUACGGCCGCUUCGACAGCAACUUCCAGCGCUUCCAGGCCCAGGAGAUCGUCAAGCACUACACCCCCGGCCUCUACUCCAUCCGCGGCUUCCUGCAGCAGCUCGCCGCCGCCGGCUGGCACCACAAGUCGCCCGCCCAGCUGCGCCAGCUCGCCGACGCCGUCGGCCGCGACCGCAUCGCCGUCAUCCACGGCACCCGCGACCUCAUGAUCGACGUCCACCACGGCAGGCUGCUGGCGAAGCACCUCGAGCCCGCCGUCGUCGAGAUCGUCGAGGGCAUGGGCCACGCGCCCCUCAUGGACAGGGCGCCGUGGUUCCACAGGUGGCUAGAGGACCGAAUCGCCGUGGUGGAAAAGCUGGAGCCAGUAGCGUAACGGAAGCCAGGUUUUUUUCUUUUCUUUUUCUUUUUUUCGGCUUGGUUGGGGCAUAAGAAGCCGGGAAGGGCAAAGGGGGGAGGGCAAGGAUGCCAUUUGGGCACGACAACGUUCCUCCCCCCUCGAUAGGCAGUUUUUUGUACGUCGUGAUGAUUUUGAUUUAUUCAGUGAUACCUCUCACCAUUCAUUCCCCUCCCUCGACGCCGGUAAUGCUUUCGGCAUUCAUGGUGCGCUUCCUCCCUUGGCCCUGCUGCUCUUUCGGAGCUAUUUUUUGCUACUGGUCCUCCUCCCCCCUCUCCCCCCUCCCCUCGUCGUCCGUCUCGGGGGCGCCUUACAACAUUACCAAGCCAAUACCGCUCAGAUUCUC